CGAUUCCACCACGUUUCAAUGUUGGUCGGCGCUAAUGAGGUACGCGCCUAACAUAAUUCUGCUCUUCGUUUGAUCUCUGUUUCGUCUGGUACAUGGCCGAAAGCCACUUCAAUCUCAUACGUCGCUUCAGCUGGCCAGAUAGCACGUCCGGUUCCUCUGGCAACUGUGGCAUCAGGCUUCUCAGGAGACGACCUCCCCACCCGAAAAUUGCACGGUACCAAUUUAUUUACCGAAUAAGGAUGGCUGUUGGAUGUAUCUUUUGGCCUCUUGCAGUUUGGUACGCGAUGGCGAUGCAUUGUCUAACUGUUGUAGCGCUCGCCGGCCGUUGCAGGAAGAAAAUUUGACCAAGUUCAAGGUUGACACGAUACUCAGACAACAAACUUGCACCGGAGAGUAAUUAUUAAAUAAUACUGCCUCCAGGUACUCCGUAGAGUACGAUGGAAGAAUUGAACAGAGCCCACUGCUGUAGCGAGGCGAGCAGCCGUAUAAAUACAGAGAUGUCUCUCAACUCCGCGAUCAUGACCCAACCCAUGCUUGCUCAGCCUUCGCUUCCAUUUCCCUGCUACCGCCUGGGUAUUCAUUGGUUCUCAUCCUCCAGAUUGCAGUCAGGGGCUUCACCAUGAAAAGGGAUAAAACCCUUGUGGGUGUAGAGGAUGCGCGUUAUCCCCGCGAAUGCCGCCAGAUUGACCCAAUGGGAUCGAUGUGUUCAGGAUCAAAAAGGAAGAAUAUUGCGAGGUGUGACCUCAAACUGUCGGCAGGAUGCACGGACCCCAACGUGGUGCAGAGCUGGGGGGGGGGGGGUGUGGUGCUGAACCCCCUGCUUUAUAGCGUUUCCACUCUGUUUGGACCCUCUUCCCAUCAUCGCUUGCCGAUGACUAUGGCCAGUUGCGCCCGCAUUGCAAAGGCGUUGCAGUACCGCUGCCGACAGAUUCGAUUUUUCACCCCAACCAAAAAUAUGCCCACCAUUAUGGAACCAAGCAAAGUCAAGUAUGCGUAUGUCGAGGAAGGUGUCGAACGCCUGGACUACUAUGUCCGUGGCGGGUACCAUCCGGUAAAGAUUGGUGACGAGUUCCAGGAAGGCCGCUAUGUCAUUGCCCAUAAACUUGGAUUUGGAGGGUCUGCCACUACCUGGCUGGCUGAAGACAAAGUAAUGAAAAAACUUGUCGCCCUCAAAAUUUCCACUGAUUCUUUUACGACUGGCCAAGUCUCGAUCAGCGUUGCCCGGAAAAGCCAUAGUCCAGACAUUGCUCGAUUCUUUCACCCUCUCUGGGCCGAAUGGGACGCAUCGGUGCUUGGUUACGGAUGCUGCGAGGAGUCUAAACCAGAUGACACAGAUCUUCAUGCUGGGAAUAUUCUCCUUCAUCUACCGCCAAAUAUUCGGAGCAUGACCCGCGAACAGCUGUACAUAAAUGUUGAAAGGCCUGACGAGGAGCCUGUUGUUCGUGCGGACGGCUUACCCCUUCAUAAUGGGGUUCCUUCGAAGGUCGUUUUCCCGGUGUUGCUGGGGCUUGGAAGUGAUGAGAUCAAGUUGGCCGAUUCUUCCAUUCUACUUACAGACUUUGGAGAAGCGUUUGAUCCUCAAAGAACACAGCGAUUCACUGCACAUGCACCACUCCCCUUAUCACCGCCGGAAUCUCGCUUUGCGGAUGAACCGCUUUCUUUUCCAUCAGAUAUUUGGACGCUCGGGUGUGUGAUCUGGGACCUUUUUGGAUCUAGUCCACCAUUCGAAGCUUUCCCUGGCUCGCAGGAUGACAUUACCGUCGAGCAUGUUGAGACAUUUGGUAAACUCCCGGAUCAAUGGUGGAGCAAGUGGGAGACCCGCGGCAACUGGUUUGAUGAAGAUGGCCAUAAAAACGUCAAGGAGAGCCUGCGGCAGUAUUAUGGCAACACCGGCCGGAGCUGGACUCAGCGGUUUGCGGAGAUAAAUAUCUCGCGAAAGAGCAAGAAGCUCGAGGCCUUUGACACCGAAGAGAAAAAAUCAUUUCAUGACAUGAUGCGAUCUAUGUUAGUCCUUGAGCCGAGUGAAAGGGCUAGCAUAGACGAUGUGGUGAGGUGUGAGUGGAUGCAGCGAUGGGGUCUGCCUGAGUUUCAGAGGAUGCAAAGUGCUGUGAGAGACUGAUGCUUUGCCGCCAGUCUUGCUGAUUGAAAUUGUUGCUGCGACGUGGGGAAUGAACUCGUGCUCAUGGCAAAAAGAGACAUGAAAUAGUACACGUUGAACAUGCUCCACAAACCCUUCAUCUUAUUGCAUUUGGCACUGAGGAUAGAGCACACUGGGCUCUAUUUAUUCCCAACAGAACGGCGGACCCGACCGGUACUCUUGUGCACAUCGGGAUAAGAGGCGAAGAUGUCUAGUCUGGUGAUGGUGAGGCAGAGCUACUUAUCAACUGGUUCCAACCGUCAGGCUUUCAAUUGAUGUCUUGACCAAAUUACGACGAAGAUUUCCGUCUCGAAUUCAGCAAGCUUCGAUCAAUCUCAAUCCAGGAGAAGUACAGGACAACACCAGUUAAAAUCCAGCAAUUUCUUGACAGUUCUUCAUGCCAUUUGGUCUGAGCUUCUACAACUACACAUCAAGGAAAUCGGGCUUCAUUGGCUCCAACUUAUAUCUCUUCAAUAGCAAGACCUACAUGCCGAAGAUGGCCUUUUGCACUUUCUUCUCUUGAUCCCACAACAUCAACACACCAUUCAAGGAAAUUAUUGAAUCCUUGAUCAGGAUUAUCCUC